AUGAUCAUGAUUAUGGUGGUUCGUGUUGAUGUUGAUGGCUCAUGGGACAGAAACGGAGGCUAUGAUAUCUCUAUUCUUCUCAUCUCAUCUGCAUUUCUUUCCAUUGCUCUCUUUCUUCUCUCCUACCUCUCACACUUUUCUUCGUCUCGACCCCAUCAUCAACCACCUUCAGAUGUUAUUUUACGUCCAACAAAAAGCCUCUGGUUCUGGUUUCUUCCUCGCCUUUUCUCCGUCUCUCCUUAUUAA